AUGGAAAUGAGAACUCCCGAACCCGUCAAACCCACAGCGGUGGGGAUGAGAUCUCCCGGGCUCUCUCCACUCAAAGUGAUGGGAAUGAGAACUCCUGGACCCGUCAAACCCACAGUGAUGGAAAUGAGAACUCCCGAACCCGUCAAACCCACAGUGAUGGAAAUGAGAACUCCUGGACCCGUCAAACCCACAGUGAUGGAAAUAAGAACUCCUGGACCCGUCAAACCCCCAGUGAUGGAAAUGAGAACUCUCGAACCCGUCAAACCCACAGCGGUAGGGAUGAGAUCUCCCGGGCUCUCUCCACUCAAAGUGAUGGGAAUGAGAACUCCUGGACCCGUCAAACCCACAGUGAUGGGAAUGAGAACUCCCGGACCCGUCAAACCCACCGUCGUGGGAAUGAGAACUCCCGAACCCGGCAAACCCACAGUGAUGUGA